AUGUUUAAAACUGUUUUCAGUGGUAUACUGUCCGUUAAAUCAUCACCAACACUCAAGAUACUUGCUGUUGUCUUGUUCGUACUGCUGGUUGUUUGGUUGUUGUUUCUCGGAUCCAGUUUCAGUUUACCGGAUUUCCAACAAGUCCACAGUUGUUUAACACCAAAAAAAAAUGAACUGAAUCUUCUCAAUGGAUCUGCUUCAAACUUUUCAUAUCCUGGUCUCGCCUAUACUUUGCACAAAACAUACUCCACGCUUACAAUGAAUGCUGUUCAGAAAUACCCAUUGUAUUUCAGUCUGGAAAAAGAAAGACUUGAGAAAUUGUACGACUCGAUAAAAGGAAAGAAAACUGUGAAAAGGUUUCUCAACUAUGGAAAGAGGACAAUUUUCACACCAAUGAAUUUCUCCUACUGUCAUGCUUCUGAGUGUGAUGUCAUUAGUGAUAUGGCCAAAUGGCAAGAAGCUGAUGCAGUUAUACUGACAGAGGAUAAGUUGCCGAAUGGUGUACGGCCACAAGGACAAUUGUGGUUUACUCUGAUACAUGAAUCCCCGGUACAUAUUUCGAUUGCAAGCCAAUUGAAAAAUGAGGUGAACUUUACCAUAUCUUUCCGCUUCGAUUCAACAAUUCAUUCACCAUAUGGUUAUUAUGAACCUUAUAUAGAAACUCAUGGAUCGAAUACAAGGUAUCCACUUCCUUCUCGCAACUUUGCAGCUGGCAGAACUAAAAAGGUGGCUUGGUUUGUUAGUAAUUGUGUGCCGAAAAGUCCUAGAAUGGUGUAUGCCAUAGAAUUGUCACGAUAUAUUUCUGUUGACAUAUAUGGUAGGUGUGGUACAAUGGUAUGUCCAAAGAAUAUGGGAACGUUCGCCUCAACACCUGAAUGCUUAACUGUAAUUCGGGAAAAUUACAAGUUCUACUUAAGCUUUGAAAAUAGUUUGUGCAGUGAAUACAUAACAGAGAAGCUCUACAGGAAUGCAUUGAGCAACGACAUCCUUCCAGUUGUGAUGGGAGCUUCAAUUGAAGAAUACGAAAGAGUUUCUCCUCCAUACUCUUUUAUUCAUGUGGAUCAGUUCGAAUCACCAGAAAAGCUUGCAAAAUAUCUGUUGUACUUGGAUAAAAAUGAUACUGCAUACAACGAGUACUUUGCGUGCAUGGCCAUGGUGUUAUUCAUGACUGGGAUUCCCAGCCUCAAUGCGCUAUGUGUUUACUAGCACACACAUCUCCGAUGUUUGGGCCUUACUGGGUUCCAGAAGUAUCUAGGUGGUGGAAUGAUGGAUGCAAUGGCCGAAAACUGAGAUGGACUCCAUAAUCUCACAAAACAUUCUAGAAGAUACACAAGCGAAAUAUGAAUUCUAACAAUUAUUAUUGCACUUAUUUUGACAAGGUACCUAUUCAUACUUCUUGUAAUGUGCAUUAUUAUUCGUCUACAAAAUAUUUCAGUAAGCCAAUUCAGCUGAUGAGUUGCCAAUUCUACUGGUCUUUAAGAAGAAAUUC